UUAAUGGUGGCAGCAGAGGGACCCUGCAUGCUCUCCCCCAACCCCACCUUCCCUCCUAUCUCCUCUCACCUGCUUCUACCAGCCACCUCCUCAUGGUGGCAUGCCGUGGGGGGAGGGCGACUCAGGGGAGGUAAUAUCUGGGGCAUGGGCAGAACCAAGAUGCUGGUGUGUCGGUAUUUGGCACUCCAGAUCGGAGUGUCUUCAGAUUUGGAAUUUCGUGCUUGUGAGCAGCCAUGGUUUUGA